AUGGCCACAAUCGAGCACUGCCUCAUCUGCUUCGAGGCGCUCGACGCCGCGCUCAGCAAGACCAAGGCCAUGUCGCUGGACGAGGUGCGCGCGUCGUGGGCCGUCUACAAGAGCUCGACCGCGUCGCCGGCGGCCUUCUCACCCAAGGUGCCUGCGCUGCAGCGGCUGGUAGCCGGCGCCGCCGACAGUGACUCGGCGUCUGCGUCGUCGUCGUCGAGCCUGUCCCUGGAUGCCUCGACGCCGGCCACGUCGGCCUCGCCGGCGACGGUGCACGCGGCGCCCCUGUUUGUGACGUGGAACACGGUGCUCGACGCCGACGAGGUGGCGCUGCGCGGCUGCAUCGGCACGUUUGAGAGCCAGCCGCUCGCCGAGGGCCUGCCCGAGUACGCGCUCAUCUCGGCGCUGCAGGACUCGCGCUUCUCGCCCGUCACAGCGCGCGAGCUCCCCGCGCUGCAGGUCGCCGUCACGCUGCUGACCGACUUUGAGGAGGCCGCCGACGCGCGCGACUGGGACGUCGGCACCCACGGCCUCCGCCUGUCCUUCCGCGACAAGGGCCGCCGCUACGGCGCCACCUACCUCCCCGACAUUGCCGCCGAGCAGGGCUGGACAAAGGACGAGACGCUGCUGAGCCUCGUGCGCAAGGCCGGCUGGACGGGCAGCCGCGCGCGCUGGCCGGAGCUGGAGCUGUCGGUGACCCGGUACCAGGGCAAGAAGCGGUCGCUCAACUAUGGCGAGUACAAGAAGUGGAAGGAUUGGGUGGCCAAGCAGGCAUAG